UAUGAAAAAUCGGAAGCUAUACGGCGUAAUAAGAUAUAUUGGAAAAAUGUCAUAGCAAAGUUGGAUAAAGACAAAGAUCAGCUGAAAGCUUACGAAUUAAAAGAUCUGUCAAGAGAAUUAUCAAGCGACCUGUGUGAAAGAGUUUGCGCGAUUCUCGAUUAUGAAAUCGUUCAAGAAUCAAACGACAAGAUUGCAACUAAAACCCAACAACAAACUUCAAAAAUUAGAAAAGAGCCAUUAUUUUCGAAACGAAAAUCAAUCAUAAUUGAACGAGACUUAGAAUCAGAUACCGAUGUCGAAAUUUGUAGCAGUGAUGAUGAACAGGAUAGGACAAAUAUACAUCGACAGUUCUUAGAUAAACCAGAACGAGAACAAAUAACUUGGAACACCAGGUUUCUUAGACCAGAAAGAGAAGAGGAAAAAAGCCUAAUUAAACGCGCAAAUGAUCUCACGGAAAGGAUAGCACAGGAUUUUUGUGACUACAUGAGGGCUUUAGGUGGCGACCAGCAAUCACAACUCUUCACACCUAAGUCUAUAAAAGAAUUAUUCCAAGUAGAGUUUGACACACACGUUGCACGUAGUCUUCAAGUUGUACCAAAAGAAAUGCCCACUGUCAUCAACAAAAUUGCAGAAGUUACAGGGAAUAUAGAGUUAUCCCGCAAUGCUGCGUUAGCCCGAGAAAUAACUAAAGAUAUUAAAAUAGAAAAGCGUCCAGAUCGACUGACGGCUUUCGGACGAAGUCUACCUAGAAGGGAACAAUGGCGAACACCGCAGAAUGAUACCAAGAACCAGUGGCGAUCUGCUAAGCAUGUUCCCAGAGAUCUAGUCUCAUUAAAAACUGUAUGGGAAGGGAUCACAAAUAUAAGGAGCGUAAGAGAAUACUGCCGUUGGAUGAUCCAACAUCCGGAGCACAGAAGAGCGCCGUACUUGAACAGUCUGGGCAUGUUCGACCCAGCUGUGCUCAAUGCCAGGUUCACCAUGGAGUUGCAACACCACGCAUCUCCUACCACCCAUAAUAACGCUCCAGCGCCCAUUGACCACCUACGUCGAAGAUUAUCACAACUAGCUGAUACCAAUUAGAUGUCUAAACUUACUUUCCAUUUCGAUAC